AUUCCGGAAGUCAAAAAUUUAGCGGGAAAACAAAAUGAUGUCCUACGCUUCAAUAACAGAUGAGGAUUUAACGGAUGAAUUCUCCACAUUCGACAUUAAUUUAGACAACGAAGAUGUGAUAGAUAAGUUAAAGGAGCUAUGUGUGCUAUAUAGAAUUGAUGCCUCCAAUAUUGCUGAUGAAUGGGUGGCUUAUUCACAUACUAAGAAAGUCGACACACCUCUCAAUGUGGAUACAUUGAGCAACUUUGAAAAAGAGAAACUCAACAGAAAAGCUGGCAAAAAUAAAACUCCAAAGCAUGGAUCAACAAAGAAGGUUAUUUAUAAUGCUGACACAUUUGCAGAUAUUGUUGACAACAAUCUGGCAGAUGACUUCCUAGAGGCAUAUUCCACUCCAGGCGCUAAGGAAGAACUGGAGAUCUUAAAGGAAAAGAUUAAAAAGCGGCAAGUAACACCAGACAAUCCACCCACCAACAAAAGAUUGACAGGGCUCAAUGGCACUCCUGUUCCUUUCUCACCAAACAGUUUCUCUCCUGCUAACUUCUCACCAACGAGUGCAACACCUUCCAAAAAAUACAAUGCCAGACCAGGCAAAGGUGAGAUAGUGUGUUCACAUGGUCCCACUGAAAAGGUCAAUUGGCAGGGUCAAGGUCAAAGGUCAAGCUGUAUAGAGCCAUACACAGGUGAUGGUAUACAGUCAUUGGAGAGCAAGUACAAAUACAUGUUCCAGAAAGUAACAGAUAAAGCACAUGUCCUGAGUGACAUGAUAGAUGAAAUGGGAGCAAAACUCCAGAAACAUCAUUCUAUUGAAGAAGUUGCUCAUAUAUCACUCCCAGUACAGGAGCCUGUAACAAUCAUAGGCAGAGUAUGUUGUGAUGGCAACGGAAAAUUAAAUGCAAAAUCACUUAUUCUGGAAGGUUCUCGAGAAACAUCAAAUGGCAAGACGGUGCCAUUAGAUGUCACUGGUGUCCCACAAUAUUCAUUAUUUCCAGGCCAGAUUAUUGCAGCAGAAGGAUUAAAUAGCACUGGGAGUAAAUUCAUGGCGAGUAAAAUAUAUGAAGGAGUUCCCCCAACCCCCGCUGCCCCUAUGUCAAUAGAAGAUGACCUUCACAUGGUCAUUGCUGCUGGCCCAUUCACUACCUCUGACAGUACUGCAUAUGAACCAUUGGUUGAUCUUGUCAAGUCAUUACAGAGGGAUAAACCAGAUGUCUGCAUACUGAUUGGACCAUUUGUUGACAUCAAGAAUCCAGAGGUAGACAAACUCACGGAAAUGACAUAUGAAGAACUUUUCCUAAAAAAUAUUACUUCAUUAGUGGAUGCAAUUGAAAGGUUACAUACACAACUGAUCAUUGUACCUUCUCAGAGGGAUGCCCAUCAUGAAUCUGUUUAUCCACAGCCAUCUUUUGUUGUCCCAGAACUAGCCAAAAAUAAGAAGAUUCAUUUUAUGCCAGACCCAAGCAUGCUUACAAUAGAUGGAGUUGUUGUGGGUGUCAUGGCAACAGAUACACUAUUUGACCUAGGAAAGGAAGAGACAUCAAGCAAUGCAGGUUCAGAUAGGCUGGGGAGACUGGUCAGUCAUAUUAUGACUCAGCAAAACUGUUAUCCCUUGUACCCCCCUAUGGAGGAGGUUAAUAUAGAUUAUGACCAUUUUGAGGUGUAUGCUGGUUUGUCUGUAGUGCCACAUAUAUUGAUCACACCCUCUGAUUUAAAGUAUUUCAUCAAGGAUAUUCAUGGUUGUUGCUGCGUCAACCCAGGAAGACUAGCCAAGGGUUUGGUAGGGGGUACCUACUCUAGACUCGUUGUUUCCUCCUCGUUACAGCCACAAAUAGCAGCUAAAGUUGUGAAAAUAUGAACUGACUGUUAUGCUUUCAAAGAAUUAUUCAGUGGUAAAAUGUCACAGAGGUCAUGUUUUAAAAUGCAAAAUAAUGUCAGUUUUCAUGGUUUUAGAGAAAUUAUUACUGUUCUUCUACUUCAUUUUGGCACUUCUUAUUUUUGGUCGAUUUGCAGUUUUCAGAAAUGUUUUGGAAUGAAGGCCAAGUAUCAUAAAAUAUUUUUUCUUAGAAAACGCAGCUGGCUUUUUUGGACUUUCCUCUUCUUUUAGAAUCAAUAAUUUAUACAAAUAUAAUGUAAAAAAUAUUUAAAUAUUUGAAAUGAUUUCAUCAUUUCUUGCUAUCUGGCCCUCUGGAUAUUUAUUUUGCAUGGGAGUUCAGUAAAAGGAUAUAUAAAGAUUUUUAAAGGCCAAUGGGCAUUUAUUUUCAGGGAAAUUAUCAAAAUUAGUUCUUCAAUUGAUUGAGAUUCAAUCAAUCUGAGUCCCUUCUUCGUUUCAGAUUUAUCCUAGUUUAUGUUUGAGGACACACAGUUUGACAUUUUUAGCUCACAUGGUGAGCUUUUGCAAUCGCUCACUUGUUGGUAAUAAAGAGCCCUAGUUGAUAAUUCAUAGUUUCAAAGUGGCCCACGUAGUUAUUUGAAACUGCCUUAGAAUCCAUUUUACUAAAUAUUUGCAAAUAUAUUCUUGAAAGAUCAGAUAUUAGAAUAGUUUUCUGCUUUGUCACAGAUGUAUUGCCUAUUGGGCUCAAAUGCUUUCAAAUAGAGAAUUACUGUACCCCUUUUUUUCAAAUUAGUGGCCAUAGGCAAAACAGUAAGAAACUCCAUUAAAUAUACAAGUUCCAUAGUGAUAAAGCACAGUGAGAUUCAUCUUUGAUCUGCACAAUUCAUAAAACAAUUUUCUUGUCAACUCAAUCCUUCUUAGGCUGAAGAACAAUGAAUAUUAAACCCCUGUAAGUUUAUAGGUUCAUAUCAUUGUUCUCCCUUGUUAAAAGACAUGGGUUUCCAAAGGUCUUAUUAAUUAAUUACAGAAUCAUACAAAUCAUACAAGCAUGCUGUGGUUACCGUAGACUAUUAACCUUAAGCUGUUUCCCAAGAACAAUCCUAUAUACGACAGUCACACCAGCACGUUUAAUAAUAUAUUUCUUCCUUAAGACUUUCCUGUCAGAAAAUGAUUAUUUGUUUUCUAGCACAUAGACAUACACGUGUGAAUUAUCGCACGUUUUUGUUCUUCACAAAUGUGUAAUCUAACUCUCCCCUUCUCCCAGUGUGUCACUAAAUAAUCAUUGUAUUAAGGAAAAUACACAGCAGUAACAAAUCUCUUACUUUUAUUUGUUCUGGAGUCUAACUACUAUUGGCCUUUUAU